CGUUUGAUAGAGAAGAAAAAAAUUAAGAACGUUUAAAAAAUGAAUCAUGAGAAGGGAAAUGAUGCAUUAGUGGCUUCACCGCAGAGUUUGUUCGUGUUUUUUACAGGAAGCAAAAUCUACGUUUCACAAGGGUGGCACAAAAAAUUAAGUUCUCUUGAGAAUCCUUAUGUAGAAGACGGUCUGGAAAAAUACCAGGAAGUUCUAAUUUAUUAGUCAGAGCACUCAUCAUAUUUCAACAUUGACGAAAACGUUUGUAAUAGUUUUGCCACAUUUUUCAGUAUUGCAUGUAAAUAAUUUCGAGUAUGCAGCUGUUCAUCGUUCUGUAUAUCAUACAUUGUGGAAUCCUGUGUUUUGUUCAAGGCCAAAUCUUGCGUAUAUCAACCUUGUUCAGAUCUGGCAAUGUGGUAUUUAGAUGGACACCAUCAUCCAAUUCUUCAAAUUACUAUGUGUUCAUAACCAGAGACAGAUUAACAGAUGCUCGGACCCAUGUGUAUGAUACACAGUACACUGUGAAAGAUGCGAUCUUGUAUGAUUCCAUUACGAUCAAUGUGAGAACACCCGAAUCACUUGCAGACAACGUAGUGACAUGCAACGUCUCCAAAGUUAAAAGUCAGAUAGGAGGCAGGAAGAAUAUUUCAUGGACAGCUGCCUUCUUUCCAAUUACAAGAUACAACAUUUAUCACAUUAAUAAAGAAAACAGAACUGCGUCAAUAAUGCAUGUGUAUCAUGAGGGAGCCAAACUGUCGCCUAAGUACUCAUACCUCACUAGACCAUUUAAUUCCACCAACAUCCUGUUUGAGAUAAGGAACAUAACUCUGGAUGACGCUGGAUAUUACAAUGGCGGGACGAAUGUUCAUGAUGCACGAUUUGGUGGUGGUGUUUUACUCAUUGUAUCAGGCACACCCAAAAAGCCACGAAUAAACGGAACCCUUACAACACUGGUUGACACACAUUUAGAAUUGACAUGCAUCAGUAAAUCAACCUCCGCUCCUGACUAUUACUCCAAGCUUGUCACCUUGUCCUACACGUGGUUUAUCAACAACACUAAGAUGGACAAAGAAACCAGGGAUACCCUGAGAUUGAAAGUUACUAAAGGACAUCGGUACACCAGAUACUCAUGUACAGCGACAGACGAAGAUCUGGAGUCUGUUCAGAGUGAUGCAGUACAGAUUAAUCCUUUAUAUGGUCCAGAACAACUCAUUUUCACACCAAAGCCAAACGUGAAUAAAUAUGAUAAAUUAACAGUAAAGGAAGGCGAUGUAGUCGGUCCGAUCUUUUGUUCAGCUGACUGUAAUCCACCCUGCAACGUAACGUGGAAAUAUAAGGAAUCAAACGGUCUUAAAGAUGCCUUGUCACAAAAUGGGAUAUUACUAUUACAAAGCAUCAACAGGAAUGUAACCCAAAUCAUUUGCUCAUCUAGAUGGAAAAAUGAAUCAGUGGAGAAAGACUUUACACUUGACGUUCAAUAUUUUGAUGACUCAAUUAUUUAUGUAAAUGACGAAUGGGUGUCAGAUCGAAUAACGGUAGACAUCCAAGAGAAAAACCCGUUACAACUAUCGUGUCUCGUUAAUGGAAACCCAAUCCCAACCGUACGACUCGGUAAAACACAGAACGGAGGGACUGUCAUUUUGUCUGAGGCUAGGGACCACUGGUCGAACUACAGCUUUGGUACAGAAGCUCAGUGUUCUGACACAGGGACAUAUGUUUGUUAUGGACAGUCUACACAUCUGAAAACCAGCACAAAGGCCAUUGACGUAAACAUUUUGUGUGAGCCAAGGUUGGAUAAAGAGGUUCAAAUGAAAACUAUUACUGAAUCGGUAAAAACUAGGAUUGUAAUCAUACCUGUUAUUGCUUAUCCAUCUCCUGUCCUGUCAAAGAUGAUAUGGCUAGGACCUGAUGAUUUUCCGACAAACAUCACCACCAGUGUUGUAUUACAGCUUAAUUGCGUCAUCUACAAGCACCGUGUAAUAAGCAUCAUUUCUGGUUUGGAAGACGAAAAAUUCGGGGAAUAUAAGCUUUUAUACGAAGGAAAAGUACUAACAAAUUUUUUCAUCAGAAGAGAAGAAACUUCACACUAUGAGAUGUCAAGAGGACACAAGGUUGUUAUUGCCGUUCUUUCUACAAUUUUGGGAAUUACGUGGCUUUUCAUAAUAAUAUAUUUACUCUUUAAAAAGCAGUUUCUGCUUUUACAUAAAAUUGAUAAACGUAAGGACGAAAAUCAUCAAUUAGAGACCAAAAGUAUGGCACAACAUUAUGACGAUUUGCAAGAUACUGAUGUAGAUAAAAACUACACAGCUCUAGACCGCACAAACCAGGAAUCUCCAUACGAGGAGACACACUAGAAUUGAUACAAUUCAAAACUCAGUUUAUGUUAUGAAACACGUGAUCUAAUCUUAUAUCUAUUUGAAAGAGAACAGCAACCUUAUAUCUUGUCAUUUUGAAAAGAAUUUUAUAUGCUAGUAUAUGUAACUAAUCAAAGAAUUUCAAAGUCCUUGUCUGUUCAGAUUUGAUUUGCUUACGUUUUUUAAGCAUGCCACUAGUUUAAGAUCUCGAUUUUAAGGGAUAAAUAUCCAAUAUUUUAAAGCAAUCAGUGUUUGUUUCCUUGUUGCUAUUUAUAUAGUCUUUGUUUGAGCGUAUGACAUCUUGCCAAAAUCUUGAUUUUAAUCUUUCUGUAAUCAAAUUCACAGUUGCUUUAGUCAUGUCAUUUUCAUCAUAUAAUUGCUUUCAUUAUUUGAUAAUUUAUGUAUUACUUGUAAAUUAGAUCACCUUAAAUAUCUUAAUCUUAAGAAGAAUCACCAAGUGUAUAUAAAGGAAAAACCAGGAUUAUCUUUCUCAUAAUCUUUAUCAUCAUUUUAUUGAGAUUGAUAUACUUUAUUAUGUAAAAGCACCAUUAAGGUGUAAAAAAUAUUGUUGCUUUUCAUUAUUUAUUGUUUUUCCUUGAGCUACACAUUUUACUUGAGUCCAUAAUUUCAUGGGCUGUGUUUUACAAAAGGACUUAUAACCUACGACCAAAUUAAAGAUUGCUUUUUAAUCAGAAACUAAUGUUUGAAUUAAAGUAUUUAGAAUUUAAUUGUAGGAAUUAAAAUAAGGGCAUAUUAUUGGUUUAAUGCAAAUAUUGUUCGUCAAAGAUCAUUCUUCGAGACAGAAAAUAAUUGUGACUGUGUUGCAAACAAUUAUUAACGCUCACUCAAAAUAUACGUACUACUUUCCUGGAUGUUCAAAUAACUUAAAUCACCCCGUAAAAUAUAUCUUUAUUAUAAACAAAAUUAAGAGUCGUGGGCAUCAGAAUUCAAGCUUUGUCCGACUUCCACUGAAUGGAGCCUGUAACUAAAGCUAGUAAAUAAGGGUUAAUAUUGAAAAUUGGAACUAUAAAAUAUAGUUCAUAUCAUGAAGUGUUUGAAAUAAUCGUCCGUUCUUAUCCAACGAAAUGUCAAUAUUAAAUAGAUUGAAUGGACUGGUACAUGGCAGUCCAGAUGGUGAUAACACUUUAGUACAAAAACGUGUUCCUCUAUAACACCCCUGCGAAUGUGUUCGGAAUGUUUUCAUUAUCGUUGCUAAGUAUGAAAUAAAUCUAGAGGUGCUCAAAUGAAAGCUCACGAUCCUCCGCCGAGAUUUAUUCAGUUCCUGUGAAAGUUUGGGCCGAAGUAUUAGUGUUCGGAUAACAUUCUCAAAAUACGUAAGUACUGGUCGUUUUUUUUUCAGAUGAUAUCCUACUUUGAUUUGUGUAAAACAUGAAAAAAAUAUUAGGAUAUAUGACUUUUUUAUCAGCUAGCGGUUAUUUAAACUAAAGGAUGAAAUUCAGAAUUAUCGUUCGUGUUCAACUACUUUUCACGUGGUUAAAAUAUAAACAUUAUUUUUGCUCAAUAAAAUCAUAGCCAUGUUUGUUGCUUUUGGUGUGUAUUACCAUGCUUUCUAAAAAAUAAAUGGGUUUCUGUUUUGAAUUAAAUCAACUUGGUAUUGUAUACGAGUUGGUCUCUGUACGACUUGACCGGACUCCAGUAGUACAGUCUGUUUCACUAUUAAUGCUAUUAAUAGCUCAGGCGCGGAUCGAAAAUUAUCCAUUAGGAAGGAUCGCUACCAAGCAUAUUAAUUAUUGCAUGAGCAGAAAAACCUUUAUUUUUAUUAUUAUUACAUUUAUUUUUAGAAUUCAUUUUAUCCACCGAUUAAUGAAUAUAAAGUUUAAAAUCAAUAAAAGUCUAGAUUUUAUAUUUGACGACAAGUACCAUGAUUCUAGGAUAGUGGAUAUCAGAACUUGAAAAACAAAUUUUUAAAAAAUUAUUUUGAAUGGAAAAAAUGAUAAGGUGUCAAGAACAUUAUUGAUUCAGAAAAAUACUGACAGAUGACUCCAAAUGGGACACAUAGAAUUAUAUAUUAAAUCCCUCAGAUUAUCAUAGUUCAGAAGAAUUUUACAUUGUACAGAUGAUCUACUGAAAUCUCUCUUUGGUGUAAUUACAAAACGUAAAGUCUCAAAGUUUUUGCAGAUGGGAUCUGAUUACUCAAGAAUAUUUCAAAAAUACUCAUAACUUUUUUUUUGGAAAGAAUUAUUACUGACAUUUAGUGAAUACAUUGACAUUGUACAUUGACAUAGUACAAAAACCAUCAAAUACAGUAAGCUGCUAUGGCUGGAUUAUUGCAUACUGUAUUGGUCUUUAUUUAGUUUCUAUUUUUUGUUCAAUUUUUCUCCUUAAUUCAUCAUCUAAACACAACUAACAUAUAUGUAUUGCUAAGAAUGAAAAUACUUUCAAAAUGAUUACUAGUGUAUGAUUUUCUAGACUUUGUACAUUUUAAAUGAGUAUGUGAGUGAAUGA